AUGACCUGUGGGCCGAUUUGCAUAAAACACAAGCAAAAGCUUGUAGUCCUCAACGGCGAGCUAUCAGAUAAUACACUAGGCCUGGGAACAGAAUGUCUCAACUGGCUAGCCCACUGGAUAUCGAUGAUUUUCCACGCUGGAGCAAAGGUAAAUUUCUGCGAAUCCUACCGCGAGCACCGAACAUCCAACGUGCUUGGCGCCUGCAAUGCCCUCCGCCUAGCUGCCGCAGACAAAGUCUUCCAUUACUUUUCCAGCAUCGACACCCGGGGGCUAACCGGUUUCACCCUGGGAACCAAGGAACUCUACGAGUAUGAACCCCUAAUGCCACAUAGUCAGGCAGUGCGGUACGACCUAGGAUAUUCCGGUAUCCAGUAG